AUGGCAGAGCAAGUGCUUCAGGAAGCAUGUAUGGGAAGGAGGGAAUUUGAGCUCUUCAGGCAUCUAGAUGACGAUGGGUUGCCACAUGGAUUCUGUACAGUCACCUAUUCGUCGACAGACAGGUUUGAGGGAAACUUUGUGCAUGGAGAAAAGAAUGGUCGUGGCAAGUUCUUCUUUUUUGAUGGAAGCACACUGGAAGGGUACUAUGUUGAUGAUGCCCUGCAAGGCCAGGGAAUCUACACUUAUGAGGAUGGAGUAGCCCUUCAUGGCACAUAUGUGGAUGGAGAACUGAACGGACCAGCCCAGGAAUACGACAGUGACGGGCGGCUGAUAUUUAAAGGGCAGUAUAAAGACAACAUUCGACAUGGAGUUUGUUGGAUAUAUUACCCGGAUGGAGGCAGCCUUGUGGGAGAAGUGAAUGAAGAAGGGGAGAUGACUGGAGAGAAAAUAGCUUACGUGUACCCUGAUGGAAAAACUGCGUAUUCUGGAAGGUUCAUAGAUGGAGAAAUGAUAGAAGCAAAACUGGCAACUCUGACAUCUGUAGAGGAUGGGAAACCUCAAUUUGAAGUAGUACCAGGCAGCCCAGUAUACAGUUUUGACAAAUCUACUUCAUCCUGCAUUUCCACAAAUGCACUUCUUCCUGAUCCUUACGAGUCAGAGAGGGUGUAUGUUGAUGUCUCUCUCAUUUCCAGUGCUGGAGAAGGAUUAUUUUCAAAAAUAGCAGCAGAGGCUCGUACGGUUAUGUCCUUUUACAAUGGAGUGCGAAUUACACACCAGGAGGUAGACAGCAGAGACUGGGCCCUCAAUGGAAAUACAAUAUCCCUGGAUGACGAAACAGUUAUAGAUGUGCCAGAGCCCUACAACCACGCCGCCAAGUACUGUGCCUCACUGGGACAUAAGGCCAACCAUUCUUUCACUCCUAACUGCAUCUAUGACCCGUUUGUUCAUCCUCGUUUUGGGCCAAUCAAGUGUAUCCGUACCAUCAGGGCCGUGGAGAAGGAUGAAGAAUUAACAGUGGCUUAUGGAUACGAUCACAACCCUGUGGGGCAGAACGGGCCGGAAGCACCAGAGUGGUACCAGCUGGAACUGAAAGCUUUCCAGGCCGCCCAGCAAAAGUGAAAUGGAAGCUCCUUCUCAGUUCAGCAAACUGAAAUAGAAACUUGGAUCUAUGCACUACCUUUAUACUGAAAACUGGACAACCAGGGAUUGUUCAUGCUGUUGCAUCAUAACUUUGCAUUCUGUGUUAAGAGAUAAGUUUCUUGCAUACUAACUAGGUUUGACUGUGUUACUCAUAGCAGAUUUAAAAUUAGCUAGUGUUGCACCAGUCUGAUCUGGAGAAAUUAUUUAAUAUUCUAUACAAGACGUGAUAUUCUUUGGUAGCUUCUGCUUUUGCACCAUAUGCAAAGAUGCCAAAAGACUAGACAGAAAACUAAAAUGGGUAUAUCGUUCACUUUUAGUCGGCAGACUUAGUGUUGCUCUCUAUCUGCCUAGGCAUUAUUGUGCAACUGCAUUUUGCAUAUAUGCCACUUGUGGUGAUAACGGUAAUAUUUUGAUAUUCUCUAAUAGUAGCAUAAUUUUGCCUUUUUAAACCUUUGAUCUGAAUCUUGCAAUAGAGCAGUUUAUUUAUUAGCAUAUAGGAGGCUGGGUUUUUAACUCCCUUUUCCUCUUGUCUGAAUGUUGUUCUUUCUACAAGUCUUCUCUCACAGGAGAAAAUCCUUUCUAACUAGUGGAAAGGCUUUUGUGUGUAUGUGAGAGUGCCGUGUAUUGGUCUCUGUGGCUCUCUAAAUAGUUUUAGCAACAGGUCCAAAGCUAAUAUUUAUCUGGCCUUUAUGGCUGGCUUAUUUUAUUUAAUUUAUGAUUAUCACACGCAAAUCAAGCUGUUCUUUGCAUGAAGAUUUUUCUGAAAGGAGGAAAACAAUUUCAAUUUUUGAAGGACUUUCAGAAGUAUGUGUUCUGGAGAGCAAACUCAUCAACUGCAUUAGCAUCCGUGAGUUGGUUUGUGUAUCUCAUCUGUUAAAGUGGCCAAUUCUCAAGGCAAAAAUUCUAGCACUAAAUGCAAGCAUCUCAUAUGAAUUUGCGUAAAGGAAGUGUAUGUAUCUGAGGGCAGGCUGUAGUAUUUUUUUAAAGAGAUCUGUAUCUUUUGUAUGUGUUCACUUGACAAAGAAUAUGGCCUUAUAGCAAUCUUUCUGUUAGUACUGGUUUAAGAUGCAGUAAAUGAAUAUAGUGUGAGAAACCAAACUAAGUUUUUAAAAAUAUAGAUGUGAAAAGAUUGCUUUUGAAAGACAAACAAUGAAUGUAAAAACAUUACUCGCUGCUCAUUUAGAAAUGGCAGUUAAUCCAUAGCUCAGUUGCAGCCAGCAGUGGGGGCUUGUGAAUAUUCAUCUGCAGGGUUGUGUUCUGGGUUUUUUUAGGGGUAGGGGAGUUGUUCAUUAUUUGAAAUACUGUACCAGAAUUGCCUAAUGCUGUAGAAGAGAGAAACACGGUAUCAUCUCAGUAUACUAUGGCCCUUCUGGGGCUCUGACAUUCUCUUUUGGGUUAAGCAGCGUAGGAACAAUUUGAAUGCGUUUGCAACACUUUCUUCAAAUGUUUGUAGUUUAAGAAGUGUUUAUAUAUAUGUAACAUAAAAAAUUUGAAAGUUAGACCUACCUUUCUAUUGCAACACAUUCUGGUUGGUUGCUUGAACAGUUGGAGGUGUCUGGCUCUCUGGAGAGCUAGACUUGAAGAAUGUGUUGGGUUGGUGCACAUAAAUGGAAGGAUGAGGCUGCUAUUUUAUGCAGCCUGAGAAAUCCUUGCUUUGGUACAUGUACAAAGUUACGGAAUUAUGAUUAAGGACCUCUCUAAUUUGGGGCUCUGUUUAGUUCUUGCAACUGUUUGAUCCACCAAGCUUUUUCAACGCUUCACCAUUUAAGCUUGCACAGAAGCUACUCUGUGUGUGUGCGAGCUGUGGGCGCAAGUGGGCUCUCCCAGCAGUGAUCUGAAUGUGAGCUUUGUCAGAGCCCACCUCCGCGCUCUGGAGGCUCCGGCCGCGGCUCCGCUCCUCGGCAGCGGCAGGGGGCCGA